AAUUUUUUUAUCUAAUGCUAUUCCCGCUUUGCAGAGAUUUUAUUUAUGCACAACGAUAAGGACUCAAAUUUCAAAAAGAAAUCCCUAUUCAAAUUUCUAACAAUAUACUCAUUGAUUAGGAUGCUCAUUAAUACUAAAUUUAAAGUUAACAAUCAGACAUUCAAGGUAUUGUCUCUAUUAUUUAUUUAAGGAAUUGCAUCUAAAUUUGGAAUUCAACUUAAUGAUAAAGAUGAAGUCAUACUCUACAUUAAAGAACUCAUAAGUAAUGGAUAAAAUAUCAAAACUAAUAUUGCCAUCAAUAUGAAGCAAUAAAUUCAAAAAUCUAAAGAAUUUACUGCUCUUUAUAAACAAAUUAAAACUAAGAUUCAUAAGUUCAAUCAUGUACUAUAAAAAUCUGGUUAAAAACAAUUGUUAACCAAAGAAAUUAUAGAGUUGCCAGAACAAAAAGAACAAGUUAAUACCUAAAAUUUAGAAUCACUCACUAUCAGUAAUAAUGAAAUCAGUUACAUUAAGUAUCUUGAAUCCUUGAGCAAUGGAAUUAGCAAAAGUAUAUUACUAAAUUGAUCUUAGAAUAUGUUAUCGAGUAUUUCAAGAAAAAAAAAAUUAAAACUGAUAAGUUUGUCAAUCUAAUCUAUCCACACCUUCAAAUUGAAUAAGAACUAUUUGAAUUUUAAUGAAU